AUGUCAGGUAAUGUGUCUCUGAGUCUGAUCAGCCUUUUAGAGAACUCUUCUCUUGCGAGCUCCUCUGCUCCACAAUGGGAGACUCCCACAUUCACCACAGCAGCUCGUUUCCGUGUGGUGGCCACGCUGGUGCUUUUCGUCUUCGCUGCGGUUAGUAACCUCUCAGUGCUGAUCAGUGUGACCAGGGGACGAGGAAGACACCUGGCGUCCCACUUGCGGCCCCUCAUCGCCAGCCUGGCCUCCGCAGACCUGGUCAUGACUUUCGUGGUGAUGCCGCUGGAUGCCAUAUGGAAUAUUACAGUGCAGUGGUACGCCGGCGACGCCAUGUGCAAACUCCUCUGCUUCCUCAAGCUCUUCGCCAUGCAUUCUGCAGCAUUUAUCCUGGUGGUUGUGAGUCUGGACAGGCAUCAUGCCAUCCUGCACCCACUGGAGGCUCUGGAUGCCGGUCGCAGGAACAGAAGGAUGCUGCUCGCUGCCUGGAUCCUCAGCGUCCUGCUCGCCUCUCCACAGUUAUUUAUUUUCAGGGCAAUUAAAGCUGAAGGAGUUGACUUUGUGCAGUGUGCAACACAUGGAAGCUUCCAGCACCGCUGGCAGGAAACAGCCUACAACAUGUUCCACUUUGUCACCCUGUAUGUGUUCCCUCUACUGGUAAUGAGCUUCUGCUAUACCCGAAUCCUCGUGGAAAUCAACCGCCAGAUGCCUCGUGGUAAAGGCAAGGGUGGGGAGCCUUGUCUGAGACGCAGUGGAGCCGACAUGAUCCCGAAGGCACGCAUGAAGACGCUGAAGAUGACCAUCAUCAUCGUGGCAUCAUUUGUGGUGUGCUGGACGCCGUAUUAUCUGCUGGGCAUCUGGUAUUGGUUUCAGCCCCGAAUGCUGCAGGUCACGCCGGAAUACGUCCAUCACGCCCUCUUCGUCUUUGGUAACCUCAACACAUGCUGUGAUCCGGUCAUCUACGGUUUCUUCACACCCUCGUUCAGAGCAGACAUAACCAGCUGCUUCAGUAGGAGGAAUCAAAACUGCUCUCCUAAAUCUCUGGACCGACUAUCCGCACGCAGAGGAGGUGCGAGCGGGGAAGCAGAGUCAGACCUUGGAAGCGGAGACCAGCCCAGCGGACAAACAGCAUAGGUGUUCAAUCCAGCUGGGAUUUGCUGUCUGAACGUGAAGGAUAGUUUCACUCCAUAUCCAAACAUCUAUAUAUACAC